UAUAUAUAUUUAUCAAGACUCCAAAUUAUCCUCUAUUGGAAAUACUUUUUAAAGUAACACGUGUUUUUUAAUAAAUCAACUGUAAAAGUUCGUUGAUAAACGAAUUAAAUAUAUUAGUAAAACUAGGAAAUACUAAAGAUAUAUAAUGGCCAAGUCAUUAAGAAGUAAAUGGCGACGAAAGUGUAGAGCAGUGAAACGUGAACGUUAUGGUGCAAAGGAACUGGCUACAUUAAAAAAAACUCUUGGUAUCGAUGAAAAUGGUCAACAAGAGGUUGAAAUGAAUGAAAUAUCCGAAAUAGCCACAGUUGUUGAUGCCAAGACAAUUAAAGCUGAAAAUGAGAAGAAAGCUGAUAAGAAUGAUACCGAAAAUCAUGUCGAGCAAAUGGAUCAAGACGGUAAACGUGUUUACAAUAAGAAAACAAUGAAAGAUCAAUAUGGACAGUAUCCAAUUUGGAUGAGCAGUCGUAAGAUUGCCAAACAUAAGAAAGGUAGGGGAAAAAAUCUUCCAGCUACCUCAAAAUCAAGCAAAAGACUUACUAAGAGACAAAAAAAGAUGGUGAAGAAGAAAGGUAACUCUCAAAAUAAUUAAAUACUCAACACCGAUUAAUGGUAAUAAGAAAUAAAAUUAUAUUGUAUCUAAAAUUAAAACUUGGCAGUUGUAUAUC